CCUCCCCAACGCACCGAUCGGGUGGUCGUGCCGGGCGCUGCGGAUGAAAGCUUCUAGAAGCCACCCGAACUACCUGACUCCUUCCUGCAUCUCCAGAGCCAAAGAGGACUUCUGGUGUUCCAUGAGCCCCUGACCUUUUUCGUGCACCUUCUUCCUCUCCUUGAAAGCCCCGUGUGCUUCCAUUGGGCCCACCUGGAUGUUCCUGAGCCUCCCCCUCUCCUAGGGGCAGCUGGUGGUGGAGCGCCUACGUCAAAAAGGAUGUCUGGAAGCUACUACUUUGUUAUUGUUGGCCAUCAUGAUAAUCCAAUUUUUGAAAUGGAGUUUUUGCCACCUGGAAAAGCUGAGUCCAAAGAUGACCAUCGCCAUCUGAACCAGUUCAUAGCGCACGCUGCACUCGACUUGGUGGAUGAAAAUAUGUGGCUGUCAAACAACAUGUACUUGAAAACUGUCGACAAGUUCAACGAGUGGUUUGUCUCAGCCUUUGUGACUGCAGGUCAUAUGCGAUUCAUCAUGCUGCAUGAUGUAAGACAGGAGGAUGGAAUAAAGAACUUCUUUACUGAUGUCUAUGACUUAUACAUAAAGUUUGCUAUGAAUCCAUUUUACGAACCCAAUUCUCCGAUACGAUCAAGUGCAUUUGACCGAAAAGUUCAGUUUCUUGGGAAGAAACACCUUCUAAGCUGAAUUCUGAAAAAUUCAGAAGUAAACAGUGUUGGCGAUAGAGUGGACCUAAAAGGUGUGCACAUUCUAAGUAAUUUGAUUAAACACUCUAAGAAAUUUUUUGUUGUUGUAAUCUGAAUUUUGUUUAAACUUCAUAAAAUUUCUUUUGUAUGUUAAAAGUAGUAUAUUCCAUUUCCUUUGAUUAUCUACAGUCUUGCGUUUGCCAAUGAAUGUUAUUUAUAAAGAGCUUUUCAUUGUUAAUCACGAAAUAUCUUUCAUGUUAAGAAAUGAGCAUACGUUUCUGGGGCUGGAGGAUAGCACAGCGGGUAGGGCGUUUGCCUUGCACGCAGCCAACAUGGCCGAUACAGGUUCGAUUCCCAGCAUCCCAUAUGGUCCCCCGAGCACCGCCAGGAGUGAUUCCUGAGUGCAUGAGCCAGGAAUAACCCCUGAGCAUCACCGGGUGUGACCCAAAAAGCAAAAAAAAAAAUGAGCAUACGUUUCUGACUCUCCAGAUUCAUAUAGUUCAUGCUUGAUGUAGUAAGGACCCAGAGACAAAUGUCAUUGUCAAGAUUUGGCAGGCAGAUACGUUUUCACAGUAGAGAAUGGAUUUGGUGGCAGAUACACAGGCUUAGCUAUAGAGCUGCUAUUUUAAAAAAAAAUGUAUCUCAGAGGCCUGAGCGAUAUGGCGCAGCAGACAGGGAGCUUGCCUUGCACACGGCCUACCAAGCUUGGGUCCUUGGCAUCCCAUAUAGUGCCCCAAGCACCGCUAGGAGUGAUCCCUGAUAUAGAGCCAGGGGUAAACCCUAAGCACUGCUGGGUGUGCCCCAACACCCCCCCCCCCCAAAUAUAUCGGCAGCCUACAUAGUAGCAGUCUCUAGGAAUGCAGGGUAAGCAGCUUUUUUGUGUGUGGCCAGGUGACUCUGGGUACAGUGAUGCCACUGUCAUUCUUGAAUCCUGAACCUGCUUUUGUAAGAUGGGAGGCUGCAACCAAAGCAGCUUAGUAGGUUCUUUUUUUUUUCCUUUUGUCUUUUUGAGCUACACCUGGUGGUGCUCAGGGCUUCCUCCUGGUUCUGCAUUCAGGGAUCACUCCUAGCGGUCUCAGAGGACCAUAUGGAGUACCAACCAGGGAGCAAACAGCCCCUUCGCUGUACGAUCGCUUUGGCCGCACUUUUAUGUGCUUAGCAUUCUUUCUCCAUAGCCAGUCAACUAAAGAUGAAAUAAACCUCGUAAGAUCUGUAUUAGCAAAAAAGUUGUAAGGCUUUUGAGAAUUACAGUGAAAACCUUUUCUUCCAGCUUGCAUUAUUACAUUGGCAUUACACUCAGCCUUUUAAGCUAGACACCACAGGGGACAAAACAAUUCAUCUGUUGUAUGUACUGUAAAAAGUGUGGACACUUAGUGUGACAUACUAAAUGUCCUUUUAAAGGCAAGUGAUGUAGCCGGGCAUUAUCUUCGCUCCUGUGCAUGUACACACUGGAAGGAUUUUGUUUCACUCUGAAUAGCUUGUGAAAUCUAACUUUGUUUUCAUAUCCUUGUGUGUAAUCACUGCCCUAAUUUUUUACCCCUGCUAUUUAUUUGAUUUGUUAAAUAAAGAUGUUUG